ACGCUGCAGCUGCACUUCAUGCAUUAUUGUGGAGCACACAGAGGAGACUGUAGUUAUCUUCACUACAGCAAAGUUAUUUAAUACGUCUUUUCAGAUAUACAAUCCGAUUUAUCUUUAUAUCAUUAUGUCUGUUAUAAAGAAGGGAGAUUUAACCGACACUGAAAAAGAGCUCCUGGAGGUUAUUGCUGCAGGAAAUGUACAGGAAGCUUCAAGAUUGCUUGGCUCAAAGGAUGUCCGAGUAAACUGCCUGGAUGAAUAUGGCAUGACUCCUCUCAUGCAUGCUGCAUAUAAGGGCAGGGCGGACAUGUGUAAGCUGCUGCUGCAACAUGGCGCAGAAGUCAACUGCAACGAGCAUGAGCACGGCUACACUGCUCUCAUGUUCGCAGGACUAUCAGGGAAGACUGAUAUCACCUGGAUGAUGUUAGAUGCUGGAGCAGAGACGGAUGUGGUGAACUCAGUAGGCAGAACAGCAGCACAAAUGGCUGCUUUUGUAGGGCAGCACGACUGUGUGACCGUUAUCAAUAACUUCUUCUCCCGGAAGAGACUCGACUACUACACAAAACCACAGGGCUUAGAAAAAGAGCCAAAACUGCCUCCUAAACUGGCUGGACCUUUGCAUAAAAUUAUCAUGAGCACAAAUCUUAACCCUGUCAAGAUGGUGAUGCUGGUGAAGGAAAAUCCUCUACUCGUGGAUGCAGAGGCUCUUGAGAAGUGUCGUAAAGUGAUGGAGCUGAUCUGCGAGAAGUGUGUAAAGCAGCAGGACAUGAACGAGGUGCUGGCCAUGAAGAUGCACUACAUCAGCUGUGUUUUGCAGAAAUGUAGCGCCUUCCUCAAAGACCGGGAGGAUAAACUGGAUGGCCUCAUCAAGUGCCUGUUAAAGGGGCGAGACAGUGACUGCUUCCCGGUGUUCCAAGAAAAAUUUAUACGGGAAUGCAUCCGGAAAUUUCCUUACUGCGAUGCUACGCUACUCCAGCAGCUUGUCAGAAGUAUAGCUCCUGUGGAAAUAGGCAAUGACCCCACAGCUUUGUCAGUGCUCACUCAAGCCAUCACAGGGCAGGUGGGCUUCAUGGAUGCGGAGUUCUGCACCACCUGUGGGGAGAAGGGAGCAGAGAAGAGGUGCUCCAUCUGCAAAAUGGUUAUCUACUGCAACCAAGAUUGCCAGAAGCUGCACUGGUUCACCCAUAAAAAGAUCUGCAAGAAACUCCAGGAGCAUAGGCAGAAGCAAGAAGCUGAAUCAGCCAGGCGACUAGAGAAAAGGGCCAAAGAAUCUGAGGAGAAGAAAGCACUGGAAGAGACGAGCAGCAGCAUGGAAAAUCUUUCUGUUGAGCAGAGUGAAGUUACCAGCACAUCAGAUGUUCGAAAAGAAACCGAGAGCACUGACCCCAUUCAGAUAACUUCAGACUGAGUCAUGCGGAUUAAACAGAGACGACAUUAACCCCAGUCAUUUCCCAUAAUCACCGUCGAGUCCUGCCUCUGCCAGAACACUCUGAUGUACAUCAUGUCCAAAAUCUGGGGACCUUCUGAACGUUUCUGUCAGAGGAAGGGUUUUUGGAGCGUGAGAUCUGAUGGAAAAGCUAACAAAGCUUUCAACACAUGCACAGGCUUUCCGUCAACACGCGACACGUUUUAUUAUACCGUUUGUUCUUUUAUGGCUAGCAUUAUGUAUGUGAUCAUGUGUAUCAAAAUUAGAUUUAGUAUAAAGAGUAUAUAUUUGACAGCCGGUCUUAAGUUAAACCUUAUGUCACUAUGUGUUAUUGCGUAUAGAGGAUAAAGAUGUUGAAGCCGAUGCCUUAAACCAUGUUGGCAAGUCUGUAGUCCCGACUCGGAUGAAAAGCGUUACACGGUCUACAGCAGAAUUAGGAAGACGUCACUCUAAGUAUAAUUUUUUUUUUACGGGUUGAGCUGAUUCGAGUCUGCGUGCUGCACUUGCACGUCUUGCUUUUUUGAGAAACCUCACAAGAUAUGAAAGGUCCAUUUGGGAUGGAGUCCCAUUUUUGAAUGUUAAACUUGGUGUGCCAUCUUCCCAUAACUAAGAUGCAGGGAAAAUGGGUAGCAACUACAUACUAAAGAAAUGACAAUUUGCAGUCAGUGUGUGUUAUCUGAAUUUGACAGUAAGGAUUUUGGCUGCAGGUGAACUCUGCUCCUCCAGGGGGUGCUGCUGAGCUCUUCUCAUGCUGCUCCAGUCCACAGUAGAGAACUGCAUGAUGGAUCUCUGCAUGGCCCUGCGCUCACAAAGGUCUCCAAUCUCAUCAAAUGGGCAUCUGGAAAUACCAGACAGUACUACAUUCAUGUUUAUUUUUCACAGCUUAUAGGAAAGUCCAUGCUUAUUAACAUGUGCUUUUCACCUUUUUUGUUUGUUUUAUUUUUAGUUCCUCAUUCAUAGGAAUUAGCCCUUGCUUUCUCUCUAUAUAAUGAGAGUGAUGUGGCAGUGCUUUAGUCCUUUAGUCUGUUUAGUCAGCCUGACUAUUAUCCCUUCUGUUCAAUUUAGUUUUUUUUAAAACCAUUGUAACUAUGCUAGCAAUGUUCCUUUAACAACCCCAGAGUGGCACACAACUCCUAAUUUCUACAGGGAAUAAUGAAAAGAUUACCAACCAACAAAUUAGCACCAAAAUCAGUCAUCAAAAAUAUAUCUAUAAAAACCUCCCUUGUUCUUCCUAGCUAUUUUGUGUACUUACUUUUUGCGUUUGGUUUUGGAGCUCCACUGACCUGGGAUAAAUGACAAAGAGCAUCAGGAAAGGAUGGAAGAACAUUACCUCAGUUACAGGCACUUGUACAGUAUACAGUUAAAAAAAAUGACUAAUCAUGUCUGUCUGUAGUUUGAAUCUAUCCAAUAAUAUUGUGACAGUAUGAGACAGAUGCAACCUGUAUUUUUCAAUACAAUAAACAUUUGAACCAAAACACAUUGACAGUCAUGGAUACAACUCUCAGGACCAUGCAGCAUUAUGGGACUAAUGCUGUUUCUGUUUCAGUGGUGGUUCAGUGUCAGGUGUCCCACUGAUAUUACAUUUAUAAUGAUGUAAAGCUUAAUCACAGGUCCUUUACAACCUAUGUCCAUAUUUCACAUAAAUCAAUUAAAACAAUAAAACCUUUCUACAGCAUGUUU